AUAGGUAGAUGGAGUUUGCAUUCGACGGCGGCGACUCCGAAGUUCAUUCCAUCAAAACAGUCUUCCUUUAUCUUGCAUCGGUUGUGAGAGUUUAUUCGCACAUUAUCAUCAAGUGUGAAGUGAAUAUGUUCACGUUUUGUAUGUCUAUUUGUCGCACCCCUUUAAUGGAGCAUGAACUUCAACUCAAGCGUGAUAUUAAAACUGUGAAGAGUGGCUAUCUAGCACGUUAUAGACGUGGCUUUUUCUGUUCAAGAUGGACCAAAGAAUGGGUAUCGUUAUAUGAAGACUCCACAUUUGCGUGGUAUACUGAUAAGUGCCUUAGCAAACUGAAGGGUUGUAUUCGUAUCGGUGAUGCUCCUGAAUUUUUUGCAGUCGGCGAAUGGACCAAAGUUGCGCCAACAAAACCGAAAUUUUCACGUCAUUACAAUGUUGGUCAGUUACUUGUGAUCGGUAGCAAAAAACGGGAUGAUAUUCAUUGGUUUGCCGCACCAUCUUCAGCUGAAAUGAAUGAUUGGUUAACCGCUAUCAGCAAUACACUUCCGCCUCCACAACCAACAACUGAAAUACGAGAUGGAGAGGAAAAUUUUGCCAAAAAACACGACAAUUCUGUAUUAAAAAAUACAAUGAGACCCAAGAAAAAAAUUCUUACGGAAAAACGAUGCGAUUGCUACAAUUUAUCUCCGAGCCAACAGAAAAAUAGAAAUUAUGACGCGGAUUACACCCCCCUAUCUGCGGCUUGUAUCGAUUGGGGCCAUGGUUGGGGCUGGGGACAAAAUGCCUUUCUAAAUACUUCCAUAUAUAAUUAUCAUGAUGCAGCCACCAUUACUCAUACAACUAAUUACAUUUAUUCUCCUCCCGUAGAAGAUUAUACAUAUACUUAUUCGGGUUUAGAAGACGUUGAUUGGGGAAUCGCAGAUCUUAUUAUGUAAAUGUGAACUAGACGAUAGUGAUGAAACAGAUCCGUAUAAUCCAUGAUAAAUGUUGGCCGAGACUAACAAAAUAUCUAUUGGUUUUUGACUGCUUUAGUUUGUCCGAUCAACUGUAAGGAAGUAUCAAGAAUGAAAUUUAUCCCCACAGUGUUGUAUGGAGCUCUCCAGUUACGACCAAUUCAAGUUUCUUGCAAAGCACAGAAGUUUGGGAUUGUACAUGUCAAUUAUAUGAUUACUUAUUGUCCUUAAAACUAGCAGUCAUAAACUGAUUUAUAUGUAUAGAAUGAUAGAAUAUAUUCGUAUAUUAUAUUGUUCGCUGGUCCAAUGAAUUUUGUAAAGGUAAAUAAAUACGUUGAAUUAUACAAAAUUUCAAUUCGGCCUAGAAGAAUUGUUCUUAAUUUUGUAUUGAAAUCAAAUUAAUCAGAAUUGAGUUUAGUAUCAAAGUUCAGUUACUUUUUAAAAUAUAUAAUUUUUUCACAUUAAUCUGUCUACAACAUUUUGAAAUACGCCAUAUUUCAGCAAUUAAAUAACACUAGCUAAACUGUAUAUAGGUAUAUAUGUGCCAAAUAGAAAUAAAAUGUUUAAAUAUUAAGGUACUUAUUGACUAAUACCUGUAUUUAAUAAAUAGUUUCACUGCCAAUGACAUGUUUAAGAAUUUAUAAAUGUAAAAUCUCUUUACCUGUUACCUGUUACGUUUUUUGUUACCUCAAAUUAUAAUUAUUUCAUCUAUAACAGCCGAUUGCGGAUUGCUGAACGAGGAACAUAGUAUAUUUUUGAUUUUUAUUAUUUUUCUCUUGAUGCUCAAUAAUUGUAAUUGAGCAGCUAUAAACGAUUAACCCUCUCAUAGGGAUUUCACACUAAAAUUAAAUACUAAUAAGGUAUUUUUAUGUUGAAAUGCCGAAAUGUAUAAAGACCAUAAACCUCAGUAACUUAUCAAUGUCGCUGUUACAUUAUAUAUGAUAUAAUAUUCUAUUUCAGAUGUAAAUUCCUUUAAAUUGCUUAUCAAAACUUUUCUCACGAGUCCUAUAAACGAUGGACGGCAACACUCUUAUACUAUUUUUCUUUUUUGAAACAAUAAAGAAAAAGUAACACCGCAAUAAACAGUCUUAGUCAUUAAGUAGACCAAAUAUUUCUAAAUUGUAACAUAUGAACAGUUUUUUAUGUUCAAGUAAUACUGUUAAUGUAAUUUCUUGCUUCAAAAAACAUUAUUCAUUCAAUGCUUCUUCUGUUGUAUGAAGAACCCUUAGUUCGUCCAGUUUAUUUUAAAAGAAUUUAUAUGUUGUAUGCCGUUCAUCACUUUUCUUUUCUUUAGUUAACUUUAGGUAAGAUUCCAACGUUUCUUCCAAUAUUUAACCGUACGUUGGCGGAAACAUUGGACUCUGUUAAGUAUAUCAUCGGCUUAAUAUGUUGUCUGACGCAGUUUCAGAAAUGAUUCGAUAACAAUUUUCAUAAUUUUUUUUUUCUAUACAUUCUUGUUGAUAUGUUACAAUUUUCCGUUUAUAGUGAAUGUUCUAAACCUUAGACUGUUGAAUAAGUGGUCUCAUUUAGAUCUUAAAUUUUAUAUACCGACUGUUUUAUAACAAUUUAUACUGAAUACAUUUUAGAACCAUUUGUAAACAGAUGAUUCACUAUUAAUAUUAAAAGCGAUUUUGAAAGAAAUACCCUGUGAAUUUAUGUUGUAAAAAAGAGUUACGAAUAAUUGAAUCGAAAUAUUUAAAUUAACUAUGAAUUCAUAUUGAAAAUAGAAUGUUUAAUUUUCCCGAUUGUGAUUACCAUUAUGAUAAUAAAAAGUAACUGUUGAGUACCAUUGAAUUCAAUGCAAUUCGGUUUUAUUUUAAUCAAAUAAAAACGAGAAGGUAUUGGAAGACUUAACAAUUCUUAAUUUACAGGAAGAUACAAAUUAUAAAUAAUAACGUUGAUGUUUUAAAAGAAAAAUGUUCAAAAAUAUUAUUUAAUAUGCACCAAAAUGUGUAGCGCUUGAAAUUCUAUGUUCAAAAUUGAGGGUACAUCUUCAUGUACUUUUUUUGUAUAAUACUUUAUAAUUCUGAGAUAUUUCCAAGAAAGUGGGUUUUGAGGUAGUUUUUCUAUUUUCUCAAAUGAAAUUAAUUAUUUUUUAAAUAUAAAUCCUUAGAUAGAGAAUGAUACUUUAAACCUACAACAUAAAACGAAAAAGUUUUAAUUCUGUUUAUCAAAACGAAGCUAUAUACCUAGAGUUUUAAAUAAAUGGAACAAAAAAAAUUGUUAAGUAAUUCAAAUACCAAAAUUGAACCUGCGCUAUUUGUAUAGACUUCAUUAUAGUUUUUAUUAUAAUUAAAUUUUCGUAUUUAUGAUCCACAGUUUAAUAGAUGGGAUAUUAUCUAUUAAUCUUUCUUUGCUGAAGUAAUUGGAAAAUUAAAUCGAAUUAAAAUAAUUUCAAUAGAAUCCUUUGUGUUAUCUCAAUGUUUUGACCAUGUAAUAUCACAUAUAAGAUAAAAAUUGAUGGAUAUUCAUGUAAAAUGUGAAAAUAAAUGUAUUUAAAGCG